AUGCCCUACCUAUCCACCUCCCAGGCCUACCUGGAACAAUCAGCGCAGUUAAUACAAGCGUACCCCGACACAACCCGGAUAGUAACAAAAUACAAUUUCCCCACGACACGACCGGGCAAUGCCAAGCGAAUCGAAAAAUCGCAAGCCAAGAAGCCCAAAACAGGCGAUGCAACAGCGCCAAUCGCAACGCUUACUUUGAAAACAUUCAACCCCACCGCUGGGAUCUGUCUGCACUACCGCACGAACAAAGCGCAGGAGGUCGGUCGCUUGAUUACGACUCUGGGGAAGCUGGCUGCUGGUGCGGAUGUAGCGGGGCUGGGAUUAACGGCUGCGCCUGUCAGUGCGGAUGUGGAGAUGGUGGAUGCUCCGGUUGAGGAGGUUGUGGUGCCGAGCGCUGCAAAGGCGCAGCAGGGUCAGGCGCAGGGUGGGAAGGGGAAGAAGAAGGGUGGGAAGGGGAAGAGGUGA